CGCAGAUAGUAUUUAAAGAAGGCUGCGUUAAAAGGACUUAAAAUGGCAGGAGAAGAUUCCUAUAUUAUGGGAGUAUCUGAUCCCCAAAUGUUUGCAAUGGAUCAGUUCAUGGGAAUGAAUGCAUUAUUUAAUAGUACAAAUUACAUCCCUUCAGACUUACCAAUCCGAACAGCAGAUGGACCAUAUCUUCAAAUCAUAGAACAGCCAAAACAGAGGGGGUUUCGUUUUCGAUACGUGUGCGAAGGACCUUCACAUGGUGGACUUCCUGGUGCUUCUAGUGAAAAGAACAAAAAAUCUUACCCUCAGGUCAAAAUCUGCAAUUAUGUUGGACCUGCAAAAGUAAUUGUCCAGUUAGUAACUAAUGGGAAAUACGUCCACUUACAUGCUCACAGCUUGGUGGGUAAAUUUUGCGAAGAUGGAGUGUGCACAGUUAAUGCAGGACCUAAAGAUAUGGUUGUAGGGUUUGCAAAUCUUGGAAUACUUCAUGUAACAAAGAAGAAAGUGUUUGAAACUCUGGAAACACGCAUGAUAGAUGCUUGCAAGAAGGGAUACAACCCGGGACUCCUGGUGCAUCCCGAACUCGGCUAUCUGCAGGCAGAAGGAUGUGGAGACAGACAGCUAACUGAACGAGAGAGAGAAAUUAUCCGCCAGGCAGCGAUACAGCAAACUAAAGAAAUGGAUCUCAGUGUCGUGCGCCUCAUGUUUACAGCCUUUCUUCCUGACAGUAAUGGCAGUUUCACACGGAAACUCGAUCCCGUUAUAUCAGAUGCAAUAUAUGACAGCAAAGCUCCCAAUGCCUCCAACUUAAAAAUUGUAAGAAUGGACAGAACAGCAGGGUGUGUGACAGGAGGGGAAGAGAUUUACCUUCUCUGUGACAAGGUUCAGAAAGAUGAUAUUCAAAUACGUUUCUAUGAAGAGGAUGAGAAUGGUGGUAUGUGGGAAGGCUUUGGAGAUUUUUCUCCUACAGAUGUACAUAGACAGUUUGCUAUCGUGUUCAAAACCCCCAAGUAUCGCGAUGUGAAUAUCACAAAGCCGGCAUCUGUGUUUGUGCAACUGCGGAGGAAAUCGGAUCUGGAAACAAGCGAACCAAAGCCUUUCCUCUACUACCCAGAAAUUAAAGAUAAAGAAGAAGUGCAAAGGAAACGACAGAAGCUCAUGCCUAACUUCUCUGAUGGCUAUGGUGGAGGCAGUGGCACCGGAGGUGGUGGCAUGUAUGGAGGGGGAGGUGGCGGUGCUGGCUCUGGGUUCAGUUAUCCUUCAUAUGGAUACUCUGCUUUUGGAGGGAUGCACUUCCACCCUGGCACAACAAAGUCCAGUGCUGGAAUGAAACAUGAAGGACUAUCAAAUAGCACAGCUGAACAAACCAGGAAGAGCUCUGAUAAACAAAGUGACAAAUGGGACAUGAAACAUGAUGUGAAGGUGGAAACUGUGGAGAGGACUGUGUGCAGAAUGUCUGCUGAUAAUGAGGAGAAGGAGGAUGCUGCUUCUUCCUGUAAAACUGAAGUAAAUGAAGCAGAUUUCAGGUGGCAGGAUUCUCUGUUCCUGGAGAAGGCCAUGCAGCUUGCCAAGCGUCACUGCAACGCUCUCUUUGAUUAUGCUGUGACUGGAGAUGUGAAGAUGCUGUUGUCUGCUCAGCGCCAUCUCACUGCUGUCCAGGAUGAUAAUGGAGACAAUGUCCUUCAUUUAGCAAUUAUCCACCUUCAUAGUGAGCUGGUGAAAAACCUCUUGGAAGUGAUGCCAGAUUUGAAUUACAAUGAUAUCAUUAACAUGAGAAAUGACCUCUAUCAGACCCCCUUGCACCUGGCAGUAAUCACAAAGCAGGCAGAGGUGGUAGAAGACUUGCUGAGGGCUGGAGCAGAUGUCAGCCUCCUGGAUCGCCAUGGUAAUUCUGUCUUACAUUUAGCUGCUACCGAAGGAGACGACAAGAUCUUGAGUCUGCUCCUCAAGCAUGAGAAGAUAUCUCCGAUGGUCAACCUUUCCAAUGGUGAAGGUCUCAGUGCAAUUCACAUGGUAGUGAUGGCAAACAGUAUGUCCUGCCUCAAACAGCUGAUUGCUGCUGGAGUUAAUGUCAAUUCUCAGGAACAAAAAUCUGGACGAACUGCAUUGCAUUUGGCUGUUGAACAAGAGAACAUCCCUUUGGCAGGCUGCCUUUUGCUUGAGGGUGAUGCAGAUGUGGACAGCACUACAUAUGAUGGGACGACUCCACUUCACAUAGCAGCUGGAAGGGGCUCUACAAAACUGACAGCAGUUCUCAAAGCAGCAGGUGCAAAUCCUCACAUUGAGAACUUUGAGCCAUUGUUUGAUCUAGAUGAUGUGAAAGAUGCUGAAGAUGAUGAUGAAGGGAUUGUGCCUGGAACAACACCGCUGGAUAUGGCAGCCAACUGUGAGGUGUAUGACAUAUUAAAUGGGAAACCCUACCAGUCAACAGAAGUUUCGGAGGAGUUGCUGACACGAGGAAACUUGAGAGAGCUGAAUGAAAGUUCCAAGAUGCAGCUUUAUAAACUAUUGGAAUUGCCUGAUCCUACCAAAAACUGGUCCACUCUAGCACAAAAACUGGGUCUUGGCAUACUUAAUAAUGCCUUCAGGUUGAGCCCUUCUCCAUCGAAAACUCUGCUAGAUAACUAUGAGGUCUCUGGUGGUACAGUUCAGGAGUUGAUUGCUGCUUUGAGGCAGAUGAAUCACACAGAAGCCAUUGAAGUCAUUCAGGAAGCACUAUCCAUCUCACACAGCCCAUCUCACCUGGAGAAGAGUACAGCAAAAGCUCUUCCGUCGCCAACACCACUCACCUUUGCAAGUGGAGAGAGAGGUGAGCUUUAUAACAGCAAAUUUCAAGACAAUGAAAGCACGUGUGACAGCGGUGUGGAGACCUCGUUCCGCAAACUGAGUUUUACUUAUUCAGACUCUCUGAACAGCAAGUCAUCACUAACACUGAGCAAAAUGGCCCUGGGCUACGGACAUGAAAGUUCAGUCCAAAGCAAUUAUUUAGCCGAAUAGUAGUGUUCAAUUAGCAAUAUGCAGUUACAUGAACAAAUGCAACAUUAAAAAUUACAUCAGUGCUGUCCUGGUCAGAGGGAAGUGAAUUCACAACCAAAAGUGCACUGGAAGAAUCCCACCCGAACCAGAAGCAAUGGCAACUUCAGCAUGCAACUCCUAGGCACUGCUUCCUUCCUCAAGUACAUUUAAUUUUAUUCAUUUACAAGCCAUACACAAUAACCAGGGCUCUACUGACAUAUUAAUACACAGGACUGGACGCUAUGAAAGACUGACUGAGCUUUUCUGGGUUGUGAGGAUUUUCUUUUACAGAUGAAAGUCACUCCUUAAAGCAUAAUAUGAACUCAAAAAAGAGGUAAGGCACACAGAGCAAUCAAAGGAUACAGUUUCUAGCGGGUCUCUUCAUAAUUUUUGCAGCACAGUUGCACGAAAAGAGCUCCUAAUAUAGCUGGCAAAGAAAAAUCAUUAAUCGUAACAGUGACAAUUCAGAGAAAAAAAGAAAAUCCUAAAAAAAAGAGUCUUGUAUAUUUCAAAUAAUGUAUUUAAAUUUCACUUUGGUGCCUCUUAUUCAAAAUCUUUUUCCAGUUUGGCAUUUUCCUACUUGUAAAUAGUUUUUUUAUAUCUGUUCCUGUUUGACAAAGUGGGCUUUUUAAAUGCUUAUUUUUAUUUUACUUUUAUAAUAAAACCCUAAAAUUAAUUCUCUUGUCUAUGCUUGCUGUGAUUUUUCCAUAUCUUUCAAGUGGAGUUAUUGAAGAUUUAGCAUUUCAGUUUUAGUCAUUGAUACAAGAGCAUGCUGAUUUCCAAAUACUAAAAUAAAUAA